UCAUUUCGUUUAGCAACGAUGCGAUUAAUGUAUUUAUUUUAAAAAAUUUAUAAAAUAUUGAAUGUUAUUUUAAAUUGGAUUCAGCUAGCGGUUUGUAACGGAUAGACAUUAUGUUUUAUCGCAAAAUCUUGACAUUGUUGAAACCAAGUAGCAGAUAUGUAAAUAUACAUAGUAUUAGGAAAAGUCAUGCAGCUUAUUACCGACGUGCUCCGGACCCUCCGGGAAGGUCUACUAUAAUUGGUGCUGAAGUAGCUGGUGCUGCUAUGUGGUGGUGGAUACUUUGGCAUUUAUGGCACGAGCAUGAACAUAUAACUGGAGAGUUUCCUUAUCCUGACACAUCCCAAUGGACGAAUGCAGAAUUGGGAAUUCCAGCUGAUGAAUCUUAGUUCAAACGAAGUAAAUAAAAGGUUCAAUGGUGAAAUAAAAAAAAUUUUAAUCUUUAUUCAUUACAAAAUAUUUCAAUAAUAUACCGGCAUAUAUUGAAAGAUAAUAACUGAUUAUUGGAAAUGAAA